AUGACGAAAAUGAGUGUCCCAUCUGGACAUAUGGCUUAUCCUGCAGACAAAGAUGCCGCUGUGCUCGUAAAAACACCAAAAACUGUGACCACGUCACCGGCAGCUCCAGCACCGCCAACUACAACUCCGUCAAUAUGCAAUUCAUGUGAUGGUGACGGCACCGCAGACUGCUCGCCAAACACCGGCUGUAACUGUAGAGAUGGAUAUACAGGGACCUUUUGUUCAGAGACUACGACGCCAUUUGUGGAUACCGUUUGUGAUUUCUGUAUUCAAGCAAACACACAGAGCUGUACAAUCAACGGGGGUUGUGUGUGUCGCGGCGGUUGGACGGGAACAUUUUGCCAAACACAAGCAGAAAUUACAACCACGGUUUGUCCAGAAUAUUUCUAUGGUGUGCAAUGUCAGGGUGUAUGCGAAUGUGACAGAAAUCUGUCCACUUCCUGUGACCCCGUGACUGGAGAGUGUAAUUGUAUCACUGGCUACGACAGACCAAACUGCAAUACUAAAUGCCCCGACAAUUCGUAUGGAGUAAAUUGUCUAGGUGCAUGUGACUGUCAGGCCAUCCAAACUUCUUACUGUGACAAAGCUAUAGGUGUAUGUGUUUGUAGCAGUGGCUGGGAGGGCACCAGGUGUGAUACAGCCAGUGUAACUGAUGCCUUUGUAAUAUCGACCGCCAUUGUUGGAGUGAUUGCCGGAGCAGCUACACUUCUGCUUGUGCUCAUCAUUUUGUUCAUUCUGUGGAAAAUCUGCAGGUGUUCCUGUACUGAAGUUAAACACCGAGCACAUAGGAAUAAAGGAGCCGUUGUAUUGAUGAACUCGCCCAUCACUCCCGGAUCAAACAACGCUGCAAUAUCAGCCAUGGCAGCCGCCACGAACACAGCUGAAGCAUGA